CGCUGUGAAGUGGGCGAACGAGAUCGGUUCAUCGGUGCGCGUACGGGCGAGGAGAAGCAUAUGUCAUUUUUAUGAUUGUUUAGUAAAAUUCGAGGAAUGAAAAUGAGGUGGCUCGGUACGUGCGUAUUUCUCGUCGCAUCCAUCGUCAGCGUGCGUUGCUACUUUAUCACGGUGGACGCCCACGCGGAGGAAUGUUUCUUCGAUAAGGUCGAAUUCGGCACCAAGAUGGGUCUUACAUUUGAAAUAGCGGAAGGUGGAUUCUUAGAUAUAGAUGUUAAGAUAGUCGGCCCUGACGGUAGAAUAAUCUACCAAGGCGAGCAGGAGAGUAGCGGGAAAUACACGUUCGCCGCGCACACUUCGGGUGUCUACACUUACUGCUUCAGCAAUCAGAAGAGCACGAUGACGCCGAAAGUGGUGAUGUUCAAUAUGGACAUUGACGAAAAUCGGAAGCAGACUGAGGAAAACGCCGGUGCGGAGGGUCAGGAUGGAGAUGGCAAUCAUGGAAAAUUGGAUGACAUGAUCAAAGACUUGAGCACCAGCUUGUGGGGUGUGAAGAACGAGCAGGAGUACAUGCAGGUACGCGAUCGCAAUCACAGAGCGAUCAACGAGAGUACAAAUUCCCGCGUCGUGGUGUGGGCGUUCUUCGAAGCCAUGGUACUGGUAUGUGUGACGAUAGGGCAAAUCUUAUACUUGAAGCGAUUCUUCGAGGUUCGGAGAAUCGUGUAACUCUUUAGGGUAACUAAUGAUACACUACGUGAAUCAAUUGUACAUUUUUCUAUGUAAUUAAAUUAUACAUUCUCGUUCACAAUAAGUCAUUUGCCGCGGUAAUAAAUGUGCUCUCCAUUUUGUCGAGAUAAAAUCCGAACUGUACAUCGCUAGCAGUAAGUCCUAUGUUUAUAUAAGGUUUCUAAUAAACAAAGAAUUUGUUAAUGGGCCGAUCAAGAUCUUGUGCAAUCGCGAGCGUUUUCACAACGGUGGAACGAUCAAGAAAAAUAUGUAAUAAUGGAAAAAAAAAUACACAAUCUGCAUCUUUCUGUAA